AUGCAAGCAGUCAUGAAAUCCAUGCUACAUGUACCCAAGUUGAACGCAAACCUCAUGUCCGUCAAGGAGCUCACAAAUGGUGGCACCAAUGUGCUCUUCUGCAAGGUGUUUGGCGCAAUCCUGAUCAGCAAUCAAGGACAUGGGCAAGAGAUUGUGAAACAUACCAAAGUGAUGGCACAUACAGCCAUUGUUGAGCCCAACAGUACCAACAAUUGGGACAACAUCAAAGCAAAAGAAUUUGUUGUCUACAAAUACGUGCUAGAUAGGGCCAAGAAGGGUGCAGUCAAGGGGAUGGAGAUCAUUGGAUCACGUACCCUGCUGCACACACCAUGCAAGCUGUGUCUAGAGGGCAAGCAAACCCGUUCUCUGUUCUCCCCCUCUGAAUCCUGCUCCUCCAAAGUCCUUGAACUCCUCCAUAGCAACCUACAUGGUCCUGUUGUAGUUGAAGGGAUUGUCCAAGAACAAGUACAAAAAAACUUUGAAGAUCUUAAGGCGUCAGUCAAAAAUCUUACAGGGAAGAAGAUCAAGGCACUACGUACUGAUGGUGGAGGCAAACACUGCGCCAAAACCUUUGAAGAAUGGAUGCACAGCAAAGGGAUUGAGCACCAAAAGACCAAAGCUGACUCAUUGGAGAGUAAUGGCAUUGCUGAACAAGGAAUUGAAACCAUGAAUAACUUUCAGCAAUGUAUGCGUGCUGACGCAAACUUACCUGACAAGUACUGGGGCUUUGCAAUUGUCUAUGCAGCCUACUUAUGGAAUGUAACCCCCAAGGUGUUCCUCAAUGGCCAAACUCCCAAAGAGAUGUUCUCAGGACAAAUGCACAACAUAGCACAACUACAAAGGUUUGGAUGCACCGCCUGGGUACAGGUACCUGAUAAGCAAUGGACAAAGCUUCAAGAUCAAUCAAUUAAAUGCACUUACAUUGGAUUCACAUCAAAUCAAAAGGCACACACACUUCUACAUAGAGAGUCUGGAAAGCUAAUCACCUCCCAAGAUGUUGUUUUUGAUGAAGGCGGAGGCAUUUGUCAGCAUGUGGUACUUGAAAGCUGUGGGGAAAACCCCUUACCCAAAGAAGAAGGCAACAACAAGUCAAAGGCUGAGGUAAAAACCAACAACAAGGACAAGGCAGACAAUAAGAAGGACAAUGCCCCCAAGCCUGUAUCAGUCAGACAAUCAAGCCAAUCAAGGUGCCCUCCUGUAUGGUACAGGGCAAAUGUGGGUGCUGAAUAUGCCUGGUUAGCCAACACAAAUGCAAUACUUGAAGCACUUAAUGCAGCCCUACCAGCACCUCCCAAAACAUUUGCCAAAGCAAUGUCCUGGCCAGACGGUCCCAUGUGGUUGGCCUCUAUGACCAAGGAGCUUGAUUUGAUUGAGAAGCAUGGCAUGGGAAAGAAAGUUGGAAGACCUACCAGCAAGAAUGUUACAACCUCCUUAUUUAUACCAUUGGAUUUGCCUAAUUUUCCUAAUAUUUUUACUUUUUUUACAGACUUGUUACCUUCACUUUUUCAAUCACGUGAUCUUGGCAAGCCCAAGGUGUUUGUUGGCGUUAAGAUUGAUCAAGACCAAGACGCUGGUACUCUCAAGAUAUUGCAGGGCCAAUAUAUCAAAGAAAUCCUGAGUUGA